CCUAUAUAAGGUGGGCUGAGCAUCUCUCCAGGCUCAGACCGGGUGGACAGCUCCGUGGUGCUGAAACACCUGAACCCCCAGAUCUCCAACAUAGGCUGCACGUCGCGGUGUGUGGCACGGAACCGAGAACAGCCAUGGACGGAUUCUCUUGGAAACUUUUUGUACUUUCUUCUUGCCUCAUGGCGGAGGGGUCUUCGCAAGACUUCGGACAGACCCAGUUUAUUUGCACUUCGGUACCCAAAGAUAUGGACCUGUGUUCGGCCGCGAUGCAGAACAGCGGUCCGAAGGAAGACCUGAAGACAACGGUCAUGCAGCUACGGGAGACGGUGCUGCAGCAAAAGGAAACCAUCAUGAACCAAAAGGAAACCAUACGGGAACUAACGUCUAAGUUGACCCGGUGCGAAAGUCAGAGCCUGCCCGAGUCGGGACCGGGCAGCGGGGGGCGGCGGCCCGGGUCGAAGAACACCAUGGGGGAUGUAUCUCGCGGGCCCACGGACACCCUGGCCCAGCUGGGACACACGUUACAGACCCUGAAACAGAGACUGGAGAACCUUGAGCAAUACAGCCGGGGAAACAACACCAUCCAGGCCAACAGUUUGAAGGACCUGCUGCAGAACAAGCUCGACGACAUGGAGAAGCAGGUCCUGUCCCGGGUCAACACGCUGGAGGAGACCAAACCAGCACCCCGGAACGACACGGACCAGCGGAACAAAGUGGAGUCCACGCUCACUACUCUGCACCACCGCAUCACCGACCUGGAGAAAGGAAAAGAAAACCGACCGAUGGAUAAGUUCCAACUGACCUUCCCCCUCAGGACCAACUACAUGUACGCCAAAGCCAAGAGGAGCAGUACUCUGCCGGAGAUGUACUCUUUCACCGUGUGCCUGUGGAUCAAGUCCAACGCGUCGCCCGGGGUGGGCACGCCCUUCUCGUACGCGGUGCCCGGCCAGCCCAACGAGGUCGUGCUGAUCGAGUGGGGGGACAACCCGAUGGAGUUCCUCAUCAACGACAAGGUGGCGAAGAUGCCCUUCCUCAUCAACGACGGCAAGUGGCAUCACCUGUGCAUCACCUGGACCACGCGCGACGGCGUGUGGGAGGCCUUCCAGGACGGGGUGAUGAGGGGCACAGGGGAGAACCUGGCCCCCUACCACCCCAUCAAACCCCAGGGGGUGCUGGUGCUGGGGCAAGAGCAGGACACAUUGGGAGGAGGCUUCGACGCGACUCAGGCGUUUGUCGGCGAGCUGGCGAACCUGAAUUUCUGGGACAGGAAGCUGUCCAUUGGGGAGAUUUACAACCUGGCCACCUGCAACAGCAGAGCACAGACGGGGAACGUCUUCUCUUGGACCGAGGCGAACAUUGAGAUAUACGGCGGAGCCACAAAAUGGACAUUUGAGCCUUGUCGCUCGCUCAACUAAAUCGUCACGCCGACUUGGUGUCCGAAUUCCGUUGAUCAUCGUCUUGAGUUUUGACAUUCGUCGGAAACGACUUGAGCUUAAUUUAUCGAUAAGCCUCAGUUUGUUGUUUUCCCUCCAAAUCCAAAUCCACGCCCACUUAGAUAUUAAUGUGCAUAACAACCACACACACACAAACAAAUCUCGAGGUUGAAAAAAAAAAAUCCCAUUCUUGUCGGGGAAAAAAAAACCUCAGUGGAACAAAAGUGUCAGUAUCUGUUUUUUCUCGGGAGGUUCGGUUAAAAGCACUUCUUCUUCUUCGCUCUCUCUGGGUUUCUUUUCCUUCUGCUUUAUUUCCUCCCUGGGUCUGGCCGCUGAGCGAUCGGCGACUCAUGCCAUAACUCCUCCCGCGCGCCUCUUCCGGCGCACAGGGGAGAUUACGCCGUCUGCCCAAUUGUUGUCAGUGUUUGGCGCCGUGAAGUGUUGUCUGACGCUUCCCCCACCCCUCCCCUCAUCCCUCCUUCCCUCCCCUCCCUCCCUCCCCCCUCCCCUUCCCUUCUCCCUCUCUCAUUAACGGCACUCCCGCCACCUCCUGCCGUCAUUUCCGGAACUUGCACUGUGACUGAAGAGGGGGAGGGAGCAGCCAGGAAGAGGAGCAGGUGUCGAAGGACACCGCAAAGUUAAGACUGUGGUACAAGUCGUGAUGUAAUUAAUGUUUGCUUCAAAGUGUUUCUGUAAGAAUGUCGUUACUUGCCAACAUGCUACAAAAAGCCUGGGUGCCUUGGGCCGGUACAAAUAUUCAGCACAUUCAGUAUGUUUAUGUUGUUGUUGGUUAUUUUUGCGGAAAAAAUCCAUGUAUUGUUUCAUUCUGAUUUGUUUUGGGAGGGUCUUUGCAGGGAGGGUCGAGUUGUCUGUAUUUCUGGUACAUGUUAUUAUGCUUUACAGUGUUUUUUGGCGGGUGUUUGUACUGCACUGUAUUAGGAAUGUUCCAGUGUCUGUAUAGUAACAGCAUGAAUGACAAGAGUGCUGUGAAAGCAUUGUUUAAAUUCUGCUUUCCUAUCUUCUCUGGGUCUGGGUUUUCUACUUUAUUGUUAUAUGCUCAAAGCAUGGCAAAACCGAGAGAUGAAGACUUUAAUUUUUGUAAUAAAAUUGUGAUACUUAAUGUUA